AUGGACUACGACGAGCGACCAUACAAGAAACGACGUUUCUUCGCCGAAGACUCCUCGCCCGCCCACGAUUCCGCCCUCUCCGCUCAAACCAGUCUUCCGGACGAAGUCGAUGCCCUACCAGAGAGCAGUCCUUCUGCUUCCGCGACGAAUGGAGCUCUCUCUUCGAACAAGGAGCAUCCGUUCGACGCCGACACUUUCACUAGUAUAGUUGGCGAUGAUGCAUCAGAAGAGGUGAUCCGGAGCUUGCAACAUGCCCAUGGAAACAAUCUUGAAGCGGCCAUCAAUGCGUAUUUGGACGGCUCCUGGAAGACUUCGAUAGCAGCUCCGAGAACGAAGUCCAAAUCACCGCCAGAGCCACGACAACGACUGCUGAACAUCAAGAGUGAACGUGAUGGGGAAAAGAAGCCGCGCAAUGCGUCUGCUAGUCAGCCUGCACUGGGUACAAUGCCAGACAUGCGGUACAUAGGAGCGCUAGGCGCAGCCGGCUGGACUACUCGGAGUGGUACUGGAAUUAUCAAGCCGGGAGACAUUGUGAAGAUCCAACGAGAGCGCCAGAAGGCACCUCCGCCGUCAGGACGAGGCGGGAAGGGUAGGAUACCGAUGAGAAAGACACAGGACGUUAUCGUGCGGUUUACGAGUCAGGAUGGUACAGAGAUCGGACGUCUAGAGAAAGAGUCGGCGCUGUGGAUAGGAGCUCUCAUUGAUCAAAGAGUCUGCCAUUUUGAAGGACACUGCAUCUACGCGCCAGAACGGAUACGAACGAAUGAGACCGUCUAUCUGCAGCUACGGUGCUUUCUACUGCGAUCUAUCUUCGAAGCAGGGGAUCUGAUGAAGCCAAUUGACAAUAAUCGACAAACGGGUUUCUUUGAGGCCAAAGAGACGACUGAAGAGCGAGAUCUUCGGCUUCGCCAGAUAGGACUAAUGAAGCUGUUUUCAGAGAUCAAUCUUCAGCCCUCGACGAUCAACGAAGUGACGGCAAAGCACAAGCGUGAAGGCAUAUUGCUGGCCGCUGAAUCGGAAGAGCAGAAGGAUCAACACGAUGACGCCAAGCGACCCAAGUCAACCCAGGAGAAUGGGGGUUCAAGUCCUCCUUCGGAAGAAAAUGAAGAAGGCGAAGAACUAGAACAGGACCAGCUGGACUCUUUGUAUAAAAAGGCGCAAUCAUUUGACUUCAACACGCCUGAAGCUCAGCCAGCUUCAACUUUCGUGAUGGACCUGCGUAAAUACCAAAAGCAGGCACUACAUUGGAUGUUGAAUAAAGAGACGAGCGAAAACGAGGAGCAUAAACAGCAAAGCAUGCAUCCACUCUGGGAAGAAUACCUCUGGCCGAGCAAAGACGCCGAAGGGAAAGACCUCCCUGGUGUCGACGGGCAAGACUGCUUCUAUGUCAACCCAUACAGCGGUGAGCUGAGUCUCGACUUCCCUGUGCAGGAGCAGACUUGCCUUGGCGGGAUUUUGGCUGAUGAGAUGGGCUUGGGCAAGACGAUUGAAAUGCUAUCGCUGGUGCAUUCUCACAGAUCACCAGAGCACCAGGGCGUCAUUGAUGACCAAGAUACUGAGGUAGAUGCCAUCAGCAGCCUAUCGCGACAACCGAUAGCCUCUGGCAAGGUCAAGCGCGCACCGGCCACCACACUUGUUGUCGCGCCCAUGUCUCUGCUUGCUCAGUGGGCCAGCGAAGCCGAGAAGGCUUCAAAAGCUGGCACUCUCAAGGUCCUGGUCUACUAUGGCAGCGACAAGGGCGUCAAUUUGCAGACCUUGUGCUGUGGUUCGAACGUGAUAUCAGCGCCCAACGUCAUCAUCACAAGUUACGGUACAGUGCUCUCGGAGUUCAACUCGGUCACCAGUGCGCUUGGUGGGAAUCGUGCCUCUUCUGGUGGUUUGUUCGGCGUAGAGUAUUGGCGUGUAAUCCUGGACGAGGCACACAUGAUCAAGAACAGACAAUCGAAAACGGCCAAGGCUUGCUACGAAAUCGCCGCUGCCCAUCGAUGGGUACUCACUGGCACGCCAAUUGUCAACCGGCUGGAAGAUCUUUUCAGCUUGGUGCGUUUCUUGCGAGUAGAGCCAUGGAACAACUUCAGCUUCUGGAAGACCUUCAUCACGACUCCGUUCGAAAAAGGGGACUUUGUCCGGGCCCUGGACGUUGUUCAGACCGUGCUCGAGCCGCUUGUCAUGCGGCGAACGAAAGACAUGAAAACACCGUCCGGUGAGGCUCUUGUACCACUUCCGCUGCGGACGAUCAACGUAGAAAAAGUGAAGCUUUCGGAUGCUGAACGUGAUGUGUACGAACAUAUCUUCUGGCGAGCGAAGCGAGCAUUCAACGCUAACGUCGAAGCUGGCACGCUCAUGAAGAGCUACACAACCAUCUUUGCACAGAUUCUCAGACUCAGACAGAGUUGUUGUCAUCCAAUACUGACUCGCAAUAAAGCAGUCGUUGCCGACGAGGAAGAUGCAGCGGCGGCGGCGGAUAUUGCCAACGGUCUUGCUGACGAUAUGGACCUUGGAGCUCUGAUUGAACGCUUCGAAGCUGACGAGGGCGAGCAAGAUGCCAGCAAGUAUGGCGCGCAUGUUCUUAAGCAGAUACAAGACGAGUCCGAGAUGGAGUGCCCCAUCUGUAGCGAGGAACCGAUGGAAGAGCAGUGCGUCACCGGAUGCUGGCAUUCGGCCUGCAAGAAGUGCUUGCUCGAUUACAUUGAGCAUCAAGCCUCGAAAGGCGAGCUUCCAAGGUGCUUCAAUUGCCGCGAACCUAUCAAUGCGAAAGACGUCUUCGAGGUCAUCAAGCACGACGAUGACGAGGAUGAAUCUGCCCAAGUCGAUGCACUAAAUGCCGCCAUGGAGGUGGAUGAGGACGACGAGGACGACGAACUCUACCGCAGCAGCCAGACUAAGCCAAAGUCAACUCCUAAGCCGAGAUGUCGAAUAUCUCUUCGGAGAGUAAAUCAACUCUCGUCGGCCAAGAUCAGCACGCUCCUGAGCCACCUCAAGCGCCUCAAAAGGAUAGAGCCGAAUACGAAGUCGGUGGUGUUUUCGCAGUUCACUUCCUUCCUUGACCUCCUCGCGCCCGCUCUUACGGCAGCUGGAAUCGCCUGGCUUCGCUUUGACGGCAGCAUGGCCCAGAAAGAGCGAGCUAAGGUCCUCGUCGAAUUCGAAAGUCGCAGCAAAUUCACCAUCUUGCUGCUGUCCUUGCGAGCAGGAGGUGUGGGCCUCAAUUUGACCUGUGCGAAAAGAGUGUUCAUGAUGGAUCCAUGGUGGAGCUUUGCUGUGGAAGCGCAGGCCAUCGAUCGCGUCCAUCGCAUGGGGCAGACCGAAGAGGUCACUGUGACGAGGUUCAUUGUCGAGGGGAGCAUCGAAGAGAAGAUGCUGAAGGUGCAGGAGAGGAAGAAGUUUAUGUGAGUUUGUCCCUUCCCAUCCCCAAUGAAAAAGAUGGUGAAGAACUUGGCUGACCAAUCUUGCUACAGUGCGAGUUCCCUCGGCAUGAUGAGCGAUGAAGAGAAGAAGAUGCAACGUAUCGAAGAUAUCCGCGAAUUGCUGAGCUGA